CUUUGAAAAAUUGGAAAAAAGGCGCGGCUUAUAGUCCGAAAAUUACGGUACUUCUUUAUUUUCAUUUACGUUACCUAAUUUUCCUUGUUUGUGUUGCACAGGAUACUCAAAGCCCAUCAUGCCUGAAGCAGUUCCUGGACCAUCAUGGAUUGUCUUUGCUAUGGAUCUUCAUGGUGGAGAUUUCUGAAGCUAAAGGCAACAGUGCCAAUAACGUCAAACUGCAGUUAGAGAUUUUGAAGACCUUGGCUGUGCUCCCUAUCUCCACUAAGAACAUGUUGGAGGAGAGCAGGGUCCUUACCUUUAUCCAGCGAUGGGCACAGACAAAAUCACUCCAUCACCCUGCUGAGAUGGAUGACUACUCUAGUGAGAACACCUCCCGUGCUCAAACCCCCCUCAACACUCCUGAUGGUUCCUCCACCAAGGUGGGACCAGAAUUGGACGGUGAAUCGGCAAAACCCGCUGUGUACCGUCGCCUUAAAAUCAUCAGUGAAAACAGUCUGGACAGUGCACUCUCUGACGCCAGCAAAGCAUCUGAUUGCAAGGAGGAAGAGGAGGAGGACGAUGAUGACGAGGAAGAAGAAUCCUUACAUGCAGGACUUCCUGACGACAAACAGUUGGAGGCAGAGCCGGUGUCUGAGGCUGCAGAUCCGCUAAAAGAAACGACGGAAGAGCCGAUGAAAGAGGAGGUCCAGGUCAAAGAGGAGGUCCAUGUCAAAGAGGAGGUCCAGGUCACAGAGGAGGUCCAGGUCACAGAGGAGGUCCAGGUCACAGAGGAGGUCCAGGUCACAGAGGAGGUCCAGGGCCAAGAGGAGGUCCAGGGCCAAGAGGAGGUCCAGGGCCAAGAGGAAGAGACGGGGAUGAGUGCCAGCGGUCAACCACAACAACCUCAAACUGAAGAGGUAGAAGAUAAAAUGGAGUUGACUUUGGAGAAAGAUAUUGAGAUUAAGACGAAAGAGGACACAAGUGAGGUUCCUACGGAUGAACUUAAAGAGCCGAAAGAGCCUAGUAAAGAACAGCAGAGUGGGGAGGAGAAUACACAUCAGUCUGUGACGGAAAAGGCUGAACCUGAAGGAGACCAGCCCAGCGUAGAAGUUCUUGAGCCAGAAAUUCAGCCCAUGCAAACAGAUGUUGCUGAUCUUCUGCCUGAGCAGCCUUCCGAGAAUAUGGAGGCCCAGGCAGAGACACAGGAAGCUGAGAAACCACUUCCUGUCAUCGAGACACAACCUAGAGAAUCUACCACUGACGCUUCCUGUAACUCUGAGACCCCGGAGGCCAGUCUGCCCUCUGAAGUCAUAGCAACCCCUGUUGAGCCAUCAGCCAUAGGAACUCCUUCUCAAGAUGAAGAGGAAGGUGUCUCAGAUGUGGAGAGCGAGAGGAGUCAGGAGCCCCAACUCAGUUCUUUGGACAUUUGUGGCAUGGCUGCCAGGCUUCUGGACAGCUGGAAAGAUCUGAAGGAGGUGUACAGGAUACCAAAGAAGAUUCAGGUGGAAAAGGAGGCAAAUGAUCGUAGCCGGGAUAGAGACACAACUUUGACGCCACGCACCACUUCUGGUAGCCGAGAACGCGAGAGGGAGCGAGAAAAGGAGAGGGAACGCGACAGGGAGAGAGACCGAGAUUUUGAAAGAGACAGGGAUCGAGAGAGGGACAGGGACAGGGACCGAGACAGAGAUCGAGACAGAGAGAGAGACAGAGAGAGGGACAGAGAGAGGGAGAGGGAUCGGGACAGAGAGAGAGAUCGGGAUCGAGGCUCUGACAAAACUCCUCAGCGCAGCACAGAGAGACGGAGGAGACGCUCCGCUUCACCACCGUCCUCCUACGAAAGGAGCAGCCGACGCACUGAGGAACGGUUUGACACGCCUAACAGCAGCAAGGCUCGGGGAGUUGCAGGCAAGGAGCGCACCAAGCUGUCUACAGAUGAGCGCAGAAAGCUGUUCGAGCAGGAAGUUGCUCAGCGGGAAACCCAGAAACAACAGCAGCUUCAACAACAGCAGCAGCAGCAGCAGCAGCAGCAGCAGCAACAACAACAACAACAACAACAACAACAACAACAACAACAACAACAGCAGCAGCAACAACAGCAGCAGCAACAACAACAACAACAACAACAACAGCAGCUUCAAACAAUGGGUUAUGACCCUUCUCUGGCCUAUAUCUCUGACCCUGGCUUCAUCACCUACCCUCCUGGAUAUCCACUCCAGGCCUAUGUUGAUCCCACAAACCCCAAUGUAGGCAAAAUACUGCUACCCACCCCCCCGGUUGACCCCGCCCUGAACUAUGAAGAGACGCCUCUGGGUUUGUCCUCUCCAUCCUCCACUUCCCAGGCCGCUCCGGUCUCUAAUCUUCCUCAGCACAUCACCACUGACCUCGUCCCUUGCAACCCUCCACAGUAUGCCCAGUCAACUGUAGCAGCUCAGGACCCAGGUGUGGCAGUCCUCUCAGUGCCCGCGCCCCCUCCCAUACAGGGCCAGCAGAGCUACACUACUCUGUGGGACCCCACUACUCAGCAGGCAGUGACGGUGCAGACCCAGCCGGCGCAGCAGUACACCACAGCCCCACCACCGCCUCAGACACAGACAGCCAUCUAUUACCAGGGGCAGCCGUGCCAAACCAUCUACAGCAUCCCCACCGCCUACCCACAGGCCAGCACCCCCGUCAUACAGGCGUACACUGAACCCACAGCCGGCUACCUGCACGGUCAGCCUGUGUAUCCCGGCCAUCAGCAGGGAGUGGUGGUGCAGCAGGGGGGCACCGUCACCACCAUUGUCACAUCCCAAACUGUCCAACAGGAAAUGAUUGUACCCAACAACGUGAUAGACCUGCCUCCUCCCUCUCCUCCCAAACCCAAAACAAUAGUCCUACCUCCGCUCUGGAAAGUGGCCCGGGACCCUGAAGGCAAGAUCUACUACUACCACAUCGGCACAAGGCAAACUCAGUGGGACCCUCCAACGUGUGAUGGAUUUAGCGACAAUGCAAGUGUGGACCAUGAAUCUGAGAUGGACCUGGGGACACCCACCUACGAUGAGAAUCCUUCCAAGUUCUCUACAAAGACAGCUGAAGCAGACACUUCCAGUGAGCUGGCUAAAAAGAGUAAAGAAACAUUUCGCAAAGAGAUGUCCCAGUUCAUAGUCCAGUGUCUAAAUCCUUAUCGGAAGCCAGACUGCAAACUCGGACGCAUCAUCAACACAGAAGAUUUCAAACACCUGGCUAGAAAGCUUACUCACGGAGUUAUGAACAAGGAGUUGAAAGCUUGCAAUAAUCCUGAGGACCUUGAGUGUAACGAGAAUGUGAAGCACAAGACCAAGGAAUACAUCAAGAAGUACAUGCAGAGAUUUGGCACUGUGUACAGGCCCAAGGAGGACACAGAGGAGGACUAGCCUCAGCGCCCGCUGUUACCCUUUUCCUGCACCAACACAGGAGAAGCACAGAUUUGCCUUUCCAUUCACUCCUUCAUGUACGUACUGGCCAGCCUGAGCCCUGAAGUAGUUUCUUAUGCGUAUUUAUAACUAAGAAUUGCACUGCUGCCCAAGAAGCUCUCCAGGCCCCGUGGAUCAUGGAGGAGCCUCGCUCUACAGACUGACGGAGACUCGAGUGUCGCUGAACGACCCGAAGACUCCAGGUGCAGUGUUCUCCCAGGACAAUACUGCGGGGUGCUACAGAGACUAACGUUUUCACUGAUUGUUUGAUUUUAAGCGUUUAUUUUUUCCAUAUGUGGCUCUUAAAUGUUCCCGAGAUGAUCACCUCAAUUCCACUUUCUAAACUCUUCUAGCCCUGAAUGAUGAGUUCUCAGCGGAAUCAGCUUUGGUGUCACAUCAAAGGUAUUUUCUGCUCAUUUCCACUGUUAAAAAUGGAUCAAUGACAGAACAGUUCAGUGCUUUUUCCCUCCUGUGCACGCUUCACCCCCCUGCCACUGACUAACUAACUAACUGGUGCUGCUUUUAACUGGGCUGUGGAGGGCAAAGCUUCCACUCCUCAAGCCCCGCCUUCUUAACCACAAGACUUUGGAGCCCGUGUUGUUUUAUGAAUGCAUGAUAUGAUGUAGGCUGAGGUCAGAGGUAUCCUUAUGAAAAUUCCUUUAGUUUCAAGAAACAUGCCCUUACUGGGUUGAGCUUUUACUCACAAUACACUUCAGAGAAUAGCCAGCAGGUUGGCAAGGUGAUCAAUUAGUCUUUUAUGAAUUUAUGUAUAAUAACGGGAGCAGGGUUUGAAUGCGGUUUGAUGUGCAGUUUAGCCAUUUCACGUCCACUCCUCUUCGUAAAGAGGUUUUGCUCUGUUUCCAUUUCUUACAGGAAUAAUACUGAAAGUGCAGUUUUAACAGUUUCUUAUCAUCUUGUGUGUGUUUCUUUUUUUCUCAUUGUUAGUCCUUGUUAACGACACCUAGGCUGGUUCUGCUUCACAAACUGUCACUGUAAUUUCCAUGAUUUCUACGGUUGUCGAGGUGGUUUCAUCAGCAUUAGGUCAACGAUUGUUCGCAGCCUAACUCAUUGCAUUAAACGAAGUACCAACAUAUGUACAUUGCUUUAUAUGUGAAUAUAUUGAAUAAUAGUUUUGGGAAUGUUUAAAUAAGCAGACACUUUGUAAAAUGACUAUCAUUUCGUGAUUGAAAGUGUAAAUAAUAUGUAAACUUACCAAAGCUGUGCGCAGGAGAGUAGGGUCAGCCCAGCCCUCCUCAGCAGCUCAGCCUCCUGAUGCAGCUCCGCACCGCUCUGUCAAACUAAGGACCCUGCUGACGCGUUUGAUUUCAGUGGUGGCGGAGGUUUCACCUUUUUCUUUUUUAGUUUUUAUUAUUUUUCUAUGUACAAAGUAAGUUCCACCCUACUCUGCUGUAAGUAUUGUGUAAGCACAUUGUCAUACCGAGUGUACAAACAUUUUAAGAGAUAAUAAACUUUUUGUAAAAUGA